UCAGAAUUGUAACAGAACAACUUAUUCCAGUUUUCAAAAGAAAGUAAUAUUUGGGUGGCUCCCCCCCAUCUUUGAUUCAGUAUCAGAAAGGAGAAUGGAACAAAAUGAAAUUUUAAGAAUUUAAAGGAACUGUACUGAACAACUAAUUCUGAAUUUUCAUUUACCACAGUCAGAAUGUUGGAUCAAAAAAGGAAAAAACCAAUGCUAUAAUGGGAAAAAUGGGAAAACUGCUAAGCUUUGAUCAUUUAUGAUGUCGCAAUCUCAACAGGAAGUCUCAAAUUGAAAGGAUAGGAGGAGGAUAAAGAUGGAUUUUUUAAUGCCAUUCUUUUUCAAGACUUUGCUUCUUUUUGUUGCAGUUACCUUGGCAAAGUUAAUCAUGGAACCUAAAAGUGGCAGCCUUGGUGGUGGAACCUGGAUCACAAUAAACUUUGAUGCUCUCUCUCAUUUGGUCAACUGGUCACAGCCCGAAAUGACAUUAUUGAAUCCAAAGCUGCAUCCAGUGCUGUGUGAUGUUAUGCCUGUCAGUUUCUUCAUGUCCACAGUAAAAUGCCAAACAAGGUCUUCUCCACAGGAAGGACUUUACCAUCUCUUGCUGAGUUUGAAUGAACAGAGUAUCAGCAACCUAGAUGAAUUAUAUGAAGAGAACUGUACAUUCCAGUUCUCUAUUGCAGAGACACCUGUAGUGUUUCAAGUGAACCCCCCAUAUGGAGUCCCAGGAAAUGUAAUACAAAUUUAUGGUCGGAUUCUGGCCCAAGAUUAUGAAACUUACAAUUUCAGCAUGGACUUUAUUGAUGGGCCUGUAAUCCUUGAGGCAGAAAAUGAUGGGUGGAUAACUAUUUGUUCUCUUGCCAGUGAGCAGACACGUGGCAUUUAUCCUAUUCAUCUAGAUAAUGGCCUGGGAACUGUAGCGUGUCGAGUGGAAGGCAACUAUAUUGGGUCACACAAUGUUAGCUUUUCAGUGUAUAACAAGGGAAAGUCAAUAGUACACAAAGAUGCUUGGCUUAUAAGUGCUAAACAGGAACUUUUCUUGUACCAGACAUUCUCAGACAUUUCUUCAGUGUCUCCUGCUACAGGCAGCCUAGGUGGUGGAACUGAUCUCACCAUCACAGGGGACUUCUUUGAUACACCUAUGAAAGUCACAGCUGCAGGUACUCCCUGCCAAAUUAAACACAUUUCUCCACAAAAGAUAAUCUGUACAACUGGAGCAGCAGACAAUAAUAGAACAUUCAGUGAAAUUAAACCAGGAAACAGAGGCCUUAUUUUUGAACUUUGGGAUGGUUCAGACACUAAUCUCAGUGAAGUGAUUCCAGGAUACAGCUGGCAGAUUGUUUCUAAUGCCAGUUCUCCAUACAAUUUUCUGCCUGAGAAACAGAAACUGUUCAGUGCACGACUACGAGGGUUUUUUAUGGCACCAGAGACAAAUAAUUAUACAUUUUGGAUUCAGGCGGAUGGCAAAGCUUCUUUGUACCUAAGCCUCUCAGACGAUCCAAGAAAAAAGGUGGAAGUUGUAUCAAUUUCUAGUGGCACUGCUGAUUGGUCAGCAUUUUGGAAGGAAGAUUGGUUUCAUCCUAGGAAGCCCAAAUCAGAAAAAUAUGAGCUAAUUGCUGGUACGAUGUACUAUUUGGAAGCUGUGCAUAAUGGGAUAUCCCCAAACAAUGGAAUGAGCGUGGGGGUUCAGUUGCACCAUACCUGGCUAAACCCAGAUGUGGUUAGUACUUAUUGCAGAGAGAAAUACAGAAUACAAGCCAAUGCUAUCCAGCUUCCAGAGAUACAGAUGCUGAUAUUGUCUGGCAGAGGACGGUUCAGUCUUGUUUGGGACAAUGUGACCAGCAAUCCCAUGUCAACAAAUGUUACUGCUGAUCAAUUGCAGCAUGAAUUGGAGGAACUUCUUUCAGUAAAAUGUGAAAUAGAGCCAUCAUCUGCUAAUAUUUUUUUGCAAACAGGAUUUGAGCAAAAUACUGAGAAUCUAGUCAAUGGUGGAGUCCUUGUCAGUUGGACAGAACCCUUUUGUGGAAGAUUUAGCAAUUUCAGGCCAAAAGGCCUUAUCAAAACAUCUCAAUUAAUUCCUCCUUAUGAUGUCACUACAUACACACAUUUGUGCUUUGCAUACAAAGGCUACAUGAGCAAUACCUUCUACAUUGCAGUGUCUUAUUCCAAUACCUUUCUAGAUAUCGUGAAGAAACAUGUGACCUGCCAAUGGAAUCUGAAAUCCAGUCCAGAAAGCUGGAAAUUCAUAUGCAUCAACCUUUGGAGAGACUGUCUGUAUAGUUCUGAAUUCCUUAAUGAUCUUCCCAAAAAUUCUUCAGUGUUUUUGCACCAGGUUGAUGUAGAAGCUCCUACUGCUGCAACAGAGACACUUGGCUGGUUUUUCAUUGACGAGAUCAUUGUUUCAGAUCAAGAUUUAUUUGUUUUUCAGAAGGAACCCAGGUCAACUCAUCCACAUGGGAACCUCAUAGAAUCUGUCUUGGUUGCUGGUAUCCCACCUAUAUUUAAUGUAUCUUUUUUUGUAGCAAAUUAUCACAAGAACCUCCCCCUUCUCUCACUCAGAGGAGGUAUGCCUCUGAAGGGAUCCGAAGAGACUGAUCAAUUGUUGAUGUCUAUGAAUGAGACAGGAAUCAAUUUGACAGUCCAAAGGAUACAAGGUGCAAGCCUACCUCUUGGAGGAACUUUUCAAAUCCAUCUGCCUAACAUAGUGAUUCCAGGUAUCCCAGUGUCCAUCUCUGCCAAUCACCUCCGCAGCCUUCUGCAAAAUUACAGUGAUAAUUUUACAGCUCAGUACAUAAAUACCAGUGACUUUUUUGUAUCUAAGAUUUCACAAAACUCUUAUCAAAGUAUAUGGACACUGACGUGGACUUCAAUGAUCGGUGAUUUGCCCAAUUUCAUCAGGGUCUCUGAUGAAAACCUCACUGGUCUUAUCCCAACAAUAAUAAGCUAUGUAGUAAUUGAUGGUGGCGUUUUCAUUGAUCCCAUAUUUGGAGAUAUGCUUGCUACCCCCAAUAACAUUACACAGGUGGUAGUUAGAGUGAAUGACAUUCCAGCAAAUUGUUCUGGCUCAUGCACUUUUCAGUAUCUCAGGGAAAUGACCCCUUUAGUCAAUAGCAUUGACUAUUCAACAGAUGAUACUGAACACAUAAUAGUUCACAUUAUAGGAUCUGGCUUCACUGCAGACCAUCAAUCAUUGCUCAUAGAAGCAAACAACCUAACUUGCAAAAUCCUAAGUUCAAACCAUACUAAUGUCUUUUGUCAGAUGAAUGUAUUACCAAUUGGAUUGUAUAAAGUGACAUUAUUGGUAAGACCCUUUGGAUUUGCAGUCAAUGCCAGUGGAGAAAAUAGUAUCUUCCUGAAGAUUACACCUAGAUUGACUUCUGUUGAACCUUUAACAGCUUCGGAGAUAGGAGGACUUACAGUGACUCUAUCAGGUUCAGGCUUAGAUGGGAUAAACACAGUGCUCUUUGGUUCUCAAUCUUGUCCUAUCAAUUUCAAUGCCAGCAAUGCAGUGAAAAUGGAAUGCAGGCUUCCUCCUAGGAGAGGAGGAGAGGCUACUGUUCAUCUAACCCUAAUCAGUGAACGUGAAUUCACUAUCUUUGCCAAUGCUUUUACAUAUGACUCUUCUCUAAAUCCGUGCAUUGUGUCAAUGAACAGAAAUAAAAGUGGCAUAACAGGAGGUCAGCUGCUUGAGAUAGGUAUUUCUUCAUUUUCCAAUUAUGCUCCAUUUGAUGUGAAGGUCAAAAUUGGGGACACUGCAGUUCAAAUUCAAACAGUAGCAGAUCAUGGAAUCAGUUUAUUGCUGCCUUCCCUUGCAGAAGGAUUGCACAGACUUUCAAUAUUCCUUCAUCAUCUCCCACUCAACACGAGUGGACUGGAGCCAUUCAUCCAGUAUGUUACAGAGAUCUUCAGAAUAGAACCAUGUUGUGGCUCCUUCCUAGGUGGAACAUUGCUCACCAUUUCUGGAAUAGGCUUUAGCUACAGCCCAGCCUUGGUCUUAGUCCUGAUUGAUUUUCAACCCUGUACUAUAAUCAGUCUAACUGAAGAUAAAAUUCUAUGUCGGACUCCACCACCCACUCAGCCAUCUAAUACCAUUCUCAAAACUCUUUUGGCAGAUAUAGAGGUGUACAUAGGCAACCGGUCUUUGGUAGACCCAUUUCAAAUGAAAAUCUUCAAGAAUUACACUUUUCUUUACAACAUGUCUUUAACUCCAAAUAUAAUGAACAUUAAAAUAGAAUUAUUGAACCAUAGUCUGCGCCUAGGCAUAAAAGGAGUCAAUGUAACAAAUUCAGUGGCUAUCCUGGCACAGGCGGAAUGUCAACUUGAGGUACAGAAGAUCAACCACUCUAUAACUUGGUCUCAGUGUUCCUUACCUCUAAGUGUUCUAGAACCAGGGCACUAUGUUAUGAGUGUUCUCCAGAAGCAAAUGGGCUUUGCCAACAUACCAGCUGAGAUGCAGCAUUUGACAGUAUACCCAGAGAUAAAGACUAUCUUUCCAUCUCGUGGCUCAGUGUGUGGUGGGCAGCUGCUCACAAUAUCUGGCCAUUUUCUCAAAUCUUGGAGAAAUUCUACUUGGGUAAAUCUGACAGGCAACUUAUCUUGUGAGGUCCAGAGCUCAAAUGAAGAGAGUAUAAUCUGUGCAUUUUUUUCAAGUGAUCCUCUUUUGGAUGAUCAGCAGUUUCCUGAUGUACGCCAAGCUCUUAAUAUCACAGUGAAAGUCAAUGGAAUGUAUGGCCGUUGCCUAGGCGACUGCUCGUUCCAUCUUCUUGCAAACAACACUCUUACUAUUGAUGCUGUCACUGUGAGGUUUGCUGGGAUCUUCAUUUACUUGUUAAUCAGAAUUCAGAAAUUAGUUUGGCCAGUGGAUGAAAUCUUUAUAGAGGUAGAUGGACAUCUCCCUUGCAAUAUAACUUCUUUGAACAAAACCAGUAUUGAAUGUCAGAUGCACAGCCUUGAUGCAAAAGAACAUAGCAUUUCAAUAUUGAGCAGAGACUGGGGUGCAGCCUGCUUGAGACAGAAAGACUCCAAUAUUUUCAGAGUUACUCCUGAGGUGCUCCAUCUUUAUCCCCAGAAUUUCAGUGUCAAUGGCAGAGGCCUCCUCACCUUAGAAGGUGCAGCACUACAAGGCAGGAGCAGCACUUCAGUUCUCAUAGGAAAUCAGAAGUGUCUCCUCACCAAAGUCACAUAUUGGGCCCUUACGUGCCUUGUGCCUUUAGGCAAAGGGACUGCAAUUGUGAGACUUGACAUAGACAAUAUGUCAUAUCCUGCUGGGGAAAUAAGCUACAGUGAAGAAUUCACCCCAGUUUUCCUCUCUCUUCUGCCUUCCACAGGCCAAUUUCUGACAAUAAUGGUUUCAAAAGUUAGGCAAAUGGAAGACAUGUAUGUUUUCAUUGGAGGCUCUUCCUGCACCAAUGUUACUAGCAAUGGUACCAGUUUGCAAUGUGUGCUUCCUCAGCUUCCCACUGGAGAACAUAAUGUGACCGGCGGGAUUGUGCAGAGAGGUUGGGCUUCCUCAAGUUUGGUAUUCACUUCAGUCCUGACAGUUAUCACAGUGGAAAACAGCCAUGGCAAUCUUGAUGGAGGAGAAAUAUAUAUGCAUGGAAAUGGAUUUUCUCCAGGAAAUACCUCAGUUUCCAUUUGUGGUUCUCCUUGUGAAAUGCUGAAUGUGACCACCACAACUGAUCUGAGCUGCUUAACGGGGCCUUUGAACGCAUCUCUAGCGGUUCUCUGUACUAUGACCUAUUCUGCAGAAGAGAAUGGCGAAGACUGCAAAGCAGCUGGUGCAGCACUGAUCCAGUGUGACAUUCAAAUCAAAGCCAAUGCUGAUGCUGUUACAGCAGCCACCCCAUUCCUAUUCUUUUGUGAUGAUUUGGCUUAUUCCUCUUUAAGAUCUAACAAGACCUCUAUCAACUCAUCCAAUGUCCACUUUUUUGGCCUCCUUCUCAGCCCUAAAGUGGAAAGAGAUGAAGUUCUCAUCUAUAAUAGCUCCUGUAACAUUACCAUGGAAACUGAGGCAGAGAUGGAGUGUGAGGGACCUAAUCAGCCAAUUACCGCCAAGAUUACUGAGAUAUGGAAAAACUGGGGCCAGAACACUCAGAACACCCUCCAAAUUCAAUUUUGUGGACGAUGGUCAAAAAACAUGACCUGGUUAAAUGGACAUCCACCACAAGAUGGCGAUAAUGUCAUAGUAGAAAGAGGACAUAUUUUACUAUUGGAUACUAACACAAGCGUUCUUAAUAUGCUUCAUGUCAAAGGUGGCAAGCUGGCAUUUAUUGACUCUGGAUCCCUAGAACUUCAUGCUCAUUCCAUCCUUGUAUCCGAUGGAGGAGAACUUCAGAUUGGGUCUCCCAGGAAGCCAUUUUGUGACAUGGCCCAUAUCCAUCUCCAUGGAAGCACCUACUCCGAAGGGUUUUUCCCAUAUGGAGUGAAAUUUCUGGCUGUGAGAAAUGGAAUCCUUUCCAUGCAUGGCUGUGUACCAAAAAUAACAGUGACAUAUUUGAAAUCAGCAGCAUACCCCAAUGAAACAAAGUUGGAUUUAAUAGACUUUGUGGAUUGGAAACCUGGAGAUGAAGUUGUUGUAUGCGGAGGAAGUUUUGAAGGUGCUCAAAAGAAAAAGGAAAUUCUUACCAUUAAGGAAAUAAAGGGUACAGAACUCUACAUUACGUCUCCACUAAGGUAUUCUUAUGCUGUUACUGAAAAGCAGGUUCUCAAAGAGCAUCUUACUUUUAGAGCUGUUGUGGCAUUGCUGAGUAGGAAUCUAGUCAUCCAAGGAAAUGUCACAAGUGAAAAAAUUUCCCAUCUGCAACUCUGUAAAGCCACAGCUGUUUCAGGAGAUAACUCAAACUGCCUCUAUAAGAGAACUGAGAGAAAACCUGGAUCUCAGGACAUGGGGGGUAUUGUCAUUGUGGAAUCCUAUUAUGAUAAAGAAAGUUUGCUACAUUUGGCAGGUGUGCAGUUCCAUCAUGUAGGACAAGCAUUCCAAAGGCAUUUCGGUGCACUGACCCUGGUUGGAAAUGCUCAAAUGACUAAAUCUUACAUGCAACAUUGUGUUGUUUUGGAUUCUUUUGCUCAGGGAAUUAGCCUAUCAGGGAUAUCAGAUUUCAAGAUUGAAAAUAAUACUUUUUACAACAUUAUGGGCCAUGGAAUUAAAAUAGGAGCAUGGAAUGGCAAUAAUAAAAUAAGACAUAAUACAAUUAUUGGACUAAUGGGCACCGAUGGCCUUUCCAAUACUGAAGUUCUGUCCCCAGCUGGAAUAUAUAUCCAGUCUCCUGAUAAUUUGAUAGAGAGUAACAUGGUGUGUGGCACUGGACAUGGUUACUUUUUUCACCUUCCACCUUCAAGGUUAAGAGAACCAGUGAAGUCUUUCAGUAAUAAUGUAGCACAUUCCUGCUCUAGAUAUGGACUCCUAAUCCAUCCAGCAUAUCAUCCUCAAAAGAGAAACAAUACAGAACCUGUUAUAUUCCAAAACUUUAGUGCCUGGCAGUGCAAAGGUGGAGUCCAGAUUAUUAGUACCAGCAACCUUCAGCUUUGGAACUUCCACAUCUCUUCUUGCAAAGAUUUUGGUAUCAACAUUGUGGAAAGUCUUGGAAACACUUCUGUUGUCAACAGUCUACUAAUUGGCCACUUCCAUGAAAAGGAUGAAAGCUGUAUGUUGACAGGGCUGAAAACUCCUCAAAAGCACGAACUGUUGAUUUCACGUACAACCUUUAUGAACUUUGACAGUCACAACUGCAUUGCAAUUACUACCUGUUCUGGCUGUUACCAAGGUCAGGGAGGUUUUCCUGUCAGAACAGAUCAAGUGUUCUUCCUCAAUGCCCCAAACUGGCUAUCAUUUCCAUUCCCUCACUGCGCCAUCCUGAAAGAUCUAGAUGGGUCUCUGACAGGACAAUCAGGAAGUCAGAUCCUUCCUUCUCUGGAUAUACUUCCAGAUUCCUGUAGGACAAUAGUCAAUGCCAGUCAAGCUGUCAAUGCCAGUUGUUGUUUUGCAAAUGUUACUUUUCAUCGUAUGUCUCUUAGCCUAAAGUUUCCAAUCUUUUCAUCUAAUUUAACAGUAACUAAUAGUCACAAUAAGGUGAUCACUGUCAAUUACGUGUCUGACACUUUAUCAAAUGCCAAUGGCUGGAUGAGUCUUCUUUUGGAUCAAGAAAUUUAUACUUUGUCAUUCAGCAGUCCUCUUCUUCAAAGAAAUUUGCAGUAUAUAGCUACAUUUGAUAAUUUCGCUGUUGGCAAUUAUCUAUUAUUGGAGCAUGAAGGGUUGCCAGUCCACAGUCAAGUUACAGUGCUUUGUGGAAGAAGGCAAGGGCUGCUACUCCAGGCUAUUCCUUCCCAUAGAUAUCACAAGGCUUGCGACAGCUUUUUCAACAAGAAAACUAAAAAGUUAACUUAUUUAGUUACAGGGAAAGGCUUAAUCCAAGUGACAUUUAAAGUUGAAGACAUAUUCCCUUUAUCAGAACCAGGUCCAGUUCCUUCUUUUUCUCCUCCUAUUUUCAGAUGGUCCCUUGCUGAAUCCUGGAAUGAUGUGACAAUGGGCUGGGGUGGAUACAAUAAAAGUAUACCAUCAGCUGAUGAAGAUGUUAUCAUUUUACCAAACAGAACUAUCUUGGUGGAUAUGAAUCUUCCACCCCUACGAGGUCUUUAUAUCCAGGGCACACUGGAAUUCUCAUUAAACACCAGCCAUCUUCUGAGCGUGGCCUGUAUUGUGAUUGCUGCUGGUGGUGUCUUGAAAGUGGGCACCCUGCAGCAUCCAUUAGAAGAAAGGAGAAAGGUACACAUUCUCCUUCGGGCAUCUGAGAGAGUAAAUUGUGAUCGAUUGAACGGUUUGAAUGUUGGUCCAGGAACCAUUGGUGUUUUUGGGAAGCUGCAGAUGCACAGUGUUUACACCAAGAAGUCAUGGACGUAUCUUGGAAAUGAUGUUGCACCUGGAAAUGAAAGGAUUAUGGUGCAAGAUCAUUUGGACUGGCAUCAGGGUGACAGUAUUGUUAUCAGUUCCUCUUCAUAUGAAGCCCAUCAAGCUGAAAUAAUCACUUUAGAAAAAGUUAACAAUCGUAGCAUUAGGAUCCGUGAACGUCUUCUCCAUAGACAUAUUGGAUAUUCCCAUAGAUUAGAAGAUGGUCAAUGGAUUCUCCUGGCUGCAGAGGUUGGGCUUCUGACAAGAAACAUUCAGAUUAAAUCUGACAUGGAUUGCAUAGGAAGACUUCUGGUGAGACCUUGGGACUAUGCAAAUCAAGAUGCAGGUGUGCUUCAACUUUCAAAUGUUGAAAUUUUGAACUUUGGAUCUUCACAGUCUCCAUCAGUUGACAUUACAAAUUCAUCCAAAUCUUUCAUAAUUUCCUCUAGCAUUCACCACAGCUGUGGAGUUGGUAUUCAAGCCAUUACAAGUAAUGGGCUCUUCCUACGUGAUAAUGUGAUAUUCAGUACAAUUGGGCAUGGUAUACAUUUAGAAGGCCAAAAUCACACACUCAUCAGAAAUCUGGUUGUCUUAAGCAAACAACCAGGGACCUCAAGGUUCUGGGUGGCUGGCAUCAAAACAAAUACAGUAGAAGGUGCUAUGCUACAUAAUAAUAGCGUGGCUGGUACAGAACGGAUAGCCUUUCAUAUCAAGGGUCAAGAAUGUUUCUUAGCAAAAGACCUUUACAGUGGCAAUGUAGCUCAUUCAAGCCUUCAUGGGGUUCAUUUAUAUAAAGGAGAUGGCUUUCCAAACUGCACUAAAAUUACAGGCUUUUUGUCUUACAAAAACUAUGACUAUGGGAUAAUGUUUCAUCUUGUAGGAAGUGUAGUAGUUGAGAAGGUGAUAUUGGUAGACAAUGUCGUGGGACUCUUGCCAGUACUUUAUGGACCAUCUGCUAAGCUGUACUGUCACCAGAAAAAGCAGCACCUGAAACUAAGAAAUUCUGUCUUUAUGGCAACCAGCACUUCCUUUGACUGCAUCAAGGACAGAAUCCAGCCUCUUUCAGCCAAUGAGACAAAUACAGAUCGAGCUCCACGUAAUCCCUGGAGGGGUCGAAUUGGCAUGUUAUGGCCAUCUUUUACCUCGGACUGUAACUGGUGGCCUGAUGCUCCAUGGCAUAAAAUAAGAAACUAUUCAAUAGUUCUGGGAGUCACAACUCUACAAGAUAUAACCUUUGAUGGUUUUAGAAAGAGUUGCUAUACUGGGGACCAAGACACCUGCAUCAUGACAAAUCCAGGACAUGGAGGCAUCUUGCAUCUGAUCACAUCUGAGCAGACCAGAAUGCUCCAUAUCAGUGAACAAAAUAUGUUCUACUUUCAUCCGCUGCAAACGAGAGUAAAUGAACCUAGCUCAUCUGGUAAUGCAAUAUGUGGGAACUCAAGGAAAGCUCUUUUCAAAGAUUUGGAUGGAAGUGCCCUAGGAUUGGAUUCCCCUGUAUCAGUUUUCCAAAAAUCAGAGUUGGAUUGGGAACAAGCAUGCCAGGAUGCUGGUAAGUUGCCAGUCAUGGGUAGACAGCAAUACCAAAGGAUGUUAUAUGCAAGAGAGAGCAACUUAGAAGGAAUCGAGUGCUACUGUGGCCAUUUGAAGACAAUUAUUCCAGAAAGAUGGCAGUAUGACAAUAAAGAAUUUAGAGUCAUUGUCUCAGGGGUACAGUUUCCAAUUGUAUAUGUCUCUCCUAGUUCCAGGGCAAGUAACUUAAUUCAACAUAACCUUUAUAUGUAUUAA